ACUUGUGAUGCCUAAAAAUUUUGUAUGCUAGAAGCCAAUAAAAAAGGAAAAUAAUAGACUGUGGUAUCUCUGAAUUGAAUAUUGAGUACUGUAAACAUCGUUGGUUAACGUGUUAUGUUGACAUUGACAACGUGUUGAUUGGAAUGCGUGUGGAAUGUUAUGGGCUGUAUGUUGACGUUGUCAUGUGUAGCGAUUUCCUUACUGCUGGGGCUUCAUUGUGCUGACUUCAGUGACGAUUUUCUGGCUAUGUUUCAAUACGUUAAAAUGACAAAGCUUAUGGAGUGGCUUUUAGGCGUGAGCCUUUUCGCGAGCAUAUGGAUUGGCCUCAUAACUCGUCAAGUCUACUCGAGAUUACUUGACGAAUGGAUGUUUCUCAUCAAACCACUUCCAUUAAUCGUCUUGAUACUGUUUGGUCUAUACUCCAUAGCUGUAAUAUUGUGGAGGGUCUACAACUUCAACAAUUGUGAGGAUGCAGCGAAAGAAUUACAGAUGGAAAUCCAAGAAGCCAAAGAUGAUCUCAGGAAGAAAGGUUUUGUGUUUGAUUCUGACAGAUGAGAGAGCGUUUUAUCAAGCUUGUACAUUAUUGUACUGCUGAUUUAUACAUACCAUUCCCUUUUUGAAAUUGUAAGACUGCAUGUAUAUUGAGAAAUUAGUUUUUGUUUAACUUCUGAAAUAUAUAUUAAUAUAUGUAUAUUUA